GACCUAACGCCCCGCCCAUGGCUUCCAUUUCUGUUCUGGAUCACACGGCGCAAAGCGAAUAAUACACAUUUGGGUUUUUUCCUGAAUAAUAUUGAUGUGACUGAUAAUUAUAGCGAACACAAGUCCUUCCUGGUCACGGCACGACAGAGAGUUUAGUUGGUCUAGCGAGUAGCAGUGAGUUAUUUCUGGGAAGUGGUAAAGGUUUGAGUCUUUUGUACAGGAGACGGGCCUCUUUAUUCCUCUUUUUAACUUUAGCGGCGUAUUUUCCGCCGUUUUUUUUCCACCUUCUGCCCCUCGCGCUCUCCCAGCGGCGUGAGUAGAAGCACGAGGCGCGCGCGGAGUGGCGGGAAUCGGGCCGAUGGCGGAGUUCGGUAACGGACUGGCGGAGGAAUCUCUGCUCGACUCAGACCCCGGUCAUCCGGAGCUGGAAGAUCCGGGUGUUGGUGACGAAGAGCCGGGUUUAGAUGAGGGAGAGGCCGCUAUUGAAGACCCGGAGCUGGAGGCCAUUAAAGCCCGGGUGAGAGAGAUGGAGGAGGAAGCAGAGAAACUGAAGGAGCUCCAGAACGAAGUGGAGAAACAGAUGAACCUUAGUCCUCCUCCUGCUGGUCCUGUCAUCAUGUCCAUUGAAGAGAAGAUAGAAGCAGAUGGAAGAUCAAUUUAUGUUGGAAAUGUGGAUUAUGGAGCAACAGCAGAGGAGCUUGAAGCUCAUUUUCAUGGCUGUGGCUCUGUUAACAGAGUCACUAUCCUGUGUGACAAAUUCACAGGACACCCGAAAGGGUUUGCAUAUAUUGAGUUUGCAGACAAGGAAUCUGUUAGAACAGCAAUGGCACUGGAUGAGUCCUUAUUCCGUGGAAGGCAGAUAAAGGUUGGGGCAAAGAGAACGAAUCGACCCGGUAUCAGCACCACAGACCGCGGGUUUCCUCGGGCCCGGUUCCGCUCACGUGGAGGAAGUUUCUCGUCUCGGGCUCGGUAUUACAGUGGAUACACACCACCCAGAGGAAGAGGACGGGCCUUCAGGGGCCGAGGGCGAUCAACAUCGUGGUAUUCCCCUUACUAAUAACUCCCCACUGUCAUUUCCCCUUUUUACUGUCAUCCCUCCUUUCCCUGUUUAAAAAAAAAAAAAAGAAAAGAAAAUAACCCCUCUCAAUAAAAGAAGAAAAAAAGAAGAAAAAAAAAAGACAAAAAAACACAAAGAGGGAGAAAAUAGAAAAGAAAAGAGCAUCUCCUGGACAGACUGACUGACUGACUGGUGUGUGUGUGCGCGUGCGUGUUGCAGUCACCCCGGUAAGGUACCGAGAUUUUGGGGCGGUUCUUGGUUGGCAUUUGUGAAAUGUUUAGAGAAGAUGGUGUGAUCUCAGGCUGCAGAUGUGUCUCCUUUGGUCUGGCUGUGAGUUUCUCACACAACACAAGGAGCAAACUGUUUUUUCCUCCUUUUCUUCUAUUGUACCUUGAAGAUGUGUGGAAAAUUCCCCAAAUGUGAUAACGCUGUAUGUUUAAGUAGAUAUCUGAGGUUGCCAGAUUUUUUUUUUUUUCUUUUCUUUUUGGAACUGUUAACAUUCACCCAUCCUCAUUUUUUUAAUGUUAAUUUCUUUCUCUUGUUUGUUUCUAUCACUCACCUGCAUUCUUCCUCUUUCUGUCACAGCUUGCAGUUCAGUUCAGGGUGUUUACUUUUUUCUUCCCAGUAGUGUUUAACUUCAUGAGACAUGCCAAGUUCUUUUUCUCCUGAUUUAUUCUCCAACCAUUCUUUGCAUUUUCAUCAAUUUCUUCCCCGUUGACUCAUGGUAUUUGGCUCUUUGAACAUUUAAUGCUGGCACUGAAGUUUUCAUUAUUAUUAUUAUUUUUUUUACCUUCUGAUUUCUUUGUCCAUCAUCUUUACCUUCUUUCAACCUCUGUUUAUUUCCUUCCUUUCAGCUUCCCUCUGUCUUUGCUAGACUAUGGCCACUAAUGACUCAAAGGCAUUGAAUGAAAUUGAAUCCAUUUUCCAUUUUCAGCUUUCUUUCCAAACCUACCUUACUGCCACUUCUUUUUUGCUUCUUUCACGUUCUCUCUAUACGUAUGUGCUCUACCGCUUCCGACCACUUACACAUAUUUUAGCUAAUGCCCCCCGCCCCCUUUCCCGUUCCUUUUCCGAGCCGUCCUUGUCUGGUUCUUUCUCUCUUCUGUUUCUUUCUUCCCUCUCUCUCUCUCUGUGUACUAGACCACUUCUUGUCGUUUCAGGUUUCAGGACCAGUGGAGGCUGAGUACUCCUCCUCCCCCUGUGGCUGCAGCGCCCCCUACAGUCUCACCAUCGUCUCUUUCUCUCUCUGCUCCCUCUAUCCCUCUAUCCACACUCAUGUGGGGGGGUGGGGGUGGGGCACAGG